AUGUCAGAAGUUCGGCCUGUUGUUCCAGGUAAAGUUUCUGGCUCAAAAUGUGUGCUGCCAAACGGGAAGCUGUUACAGAAGGCGGUCCGGAAGGAGGCGCGCCUGCUCACCGACAGAGAGCGCUUGCAGAUAGCGAUCGCGCUGAACAAGAUGAAAGCGGCUGGAUUGUAUGACCGCUAUGGUUUAGUGCACAAAUACAGCGGACUGCACGAAGGACCUGGUUUUUUCACGUGGCAUCGAGAGUAUCUGAAAAGGUUCGGCCUUCCAAUUAUAAUUGUUUUUAAUGCAUACGCUGGGCUGGGCGUGUCAGAGGGCUGGGUUGGAUCAGUGCCAGCCCGUUGCCGCUGA